AUGGCCAAGCAACCCAAUGUCCUCUUGUUCGGUGCUGGCAGUAUUGGUGCGGUUUACCUCCACCACCUCCUCCACGCCGGUUGCACUGUCACUGCAGUAUGUCGCUCGAACUAUACAGCAGUCCAAGAAAAGGGCUUCAGAUUGCAGAGUAAGCGAUAUGGCGAUGUGGAAUAUAAGCCAGACAGUCUCAUCCGCUCUGCCGCCGAAUGCCCUCCGGGCUGUUUUUACGACUAUAUUGUGGUGACCACCAAGUCACUUCCAGGAAGCAAGAUCUCGACCAUGGAUAUGAUCCGACCUGCGGUGGGAAACCACGACGAAACAGCGAUUGUGUUAUGUCAAAAUGGAAUCGACAUUGAGGAUGAGGCCGCCCAAGCCUUUCCGAACAAUCCAAUCCUGAGCGGAGUCAUUUACCUUCCUGCCACACAGACAAGUCAAGGAAUCAUCCACCAUCCGGAGAUGCUCGAUCUUCUGGAAUUGGGUACAUUCCCUGCGAAGGCACCAGCCUCUCAUAAGAAAGCUGCUGUCGACUUCGCUGAAUUAAUGAUGAAUGGAGGUGGAGAUGUUAAAGUCCAUGAUGAUAUUCAGGUGGCCCGUUGGUCGAAAUUGUUGCUGAAUGCAUCUUGGAAUCCCAUUUGUGCUCUGACACUCUGUACAGAUGGUGACUUCCUACUUUCUUCAUCUCCCUUUGCGCAUGACCUUGUUUGGGGGCUGAUGAUGGAGAUUGUGGAGCUGGCUCGCACAAUUGGGAUACCAGGAGUGGAUGAGAAAACGGCCGAAGAGAAACUGAUGAUUGCCAAGAGAAGAGCUAGUACUGGGACGGGUCGAGAAAUGAGCAUGCUGCAGGAUAUCCGACAGGGAAGGCUGUUUGAGGUCGAGGCCAUCAUUGGAAAUGCCCUACGUCUGGGUCAGAAAUGGGGAGUCAAGAUGCCGAGGUUGGAAACUGUUUAUGCAUUGGCAAAAGGGCGGUAUGAAGCACUAGUUAAGGAGCAGAUUGGCUAG